AUGUCGCUGUCCGUGUGGCUUCUUCUGCUAUUGGUCCGCAGCACACAGGCUUCUGACUUCUUCAACGUACAACAAGCUUAUUUUUAUGGCACUGGGACCUACUACACAAAAGUCACUGAAAUAAAUGGAUCUGUCCUGCUGAGGGCUCGCUAUGUGCUGAACAGCCACAACUGCUAUGCUACUUACUCAUAUGGUUGCCAAAAUAGCAGUUGUGGGUACGAGCUCUAUCAGUUCAACAAGGUCGAUAAGGAGAGCAGUGGAGAGUGGUGUCAGAUGGAGUACAUCUAUAUUCUGCCGACUUUCAGCAAUGUGUACACAAUAGCGUACUCUGGUGGUGACUGGAUAAAUGGUAUAAAAAACAAUAUCACAUCAUGGAGAACUGAAGCACGGCUUGAACUGAGAAAACGUUCCGACACAGGCAAAGCAAACUCGUCACCCCAGACCACCAUCAUCCCAGUUAUUAGAGUUCCUUCAAACUGUCAGACAAAUGUCAGCUUGUUGAUGUUUGACCCUGAUGGGGAUGAGGUUAAAUGCCGAUACGGAAACACACCAUCAGAGUGUAACCCUUGUGAUCCACCGUCUGUCCUCAGCCUCUCAUCAUCCUCUUGUACCCUGUCAUUCAGCCCCACCAGCAGCAGUAAUGAAGGUCCGUAUGCAGUACAGGUGAUGAUGGAAGACUUUCCCAUGAAGAACAUCACACUGACUCAAACCAACGGGUCACAGACUAUAAUAACUACCAAGGAUGCCAUUGGCAAAAUACCAGUCCGGUUUGUUUUGCUAGUUGAUUCUGCAGUGCCAUCCUGCACAGAAGGAGACUUUCUGCCCAACUUCCUGCCUCCAACCCCAGCCCACAGAGCUCAGCUCUACACUAAUGUCAGUCAGACUCUGGAAAUCAGCAUCAGUGCAGAAGCAAAAAACUCUACGAUCUCUGAGCUACUGUUCAGUGGGCCGUACAAUGUAAUCCAGAAUCAAACAGGACCAGGAGAAUUCACCCUGAUGUGGACACCAUCCAAGAUACAAGCUGGAGAAGACCACCCCUGUUGUUUUGUUAUUCAGGCAAUUUCCAAUGGAACCAAGUAUCACUCUGAGCUUCGAUGCAUAGUUGUGAGUGUUGAUAUCAAAUUAUCAACACCAACACCAACACCUACUCCAGCCAACACACCAGUUUAUGUUGCAGGUCUGAGCAUGAAGCUUUCCUCUUUGGUGGGCUUGUCUCAGAUUGAUAAGGACACCCUCCUAAAUCAGAUUAAAGCAGCACUCGUGAAAAAUGGACUCCCACAGGAUGUCAUUCUACAGCUGAGAAGCAGUGACCCGCAGAUUGGUGCAACUGCAGCGCCCUCCAGUGGUGCAACAUAAACAACUCAGUGACUAGUGUGUGAUGUCUGCUGAGGGUUAAUAAUAUACUUCUGAUAUGACUUCUCUGCAUGAGCAAGUUUUGAAUUUGAAAAAAAUCAGUUGAUCAAUUGAUGAUGCCAGAUGUUGGUUGUUGUACUGACAGAGGUGUUUCUUUUAGAUUUAGUAUUAUUGUAUUAGCAAAUGGUGUUCUGGGCACAUUUCCAAUUUAGGUAGGACUUUAGGAAAACAUUUCCAUAUUAAGAUAAAGAGACAGUAUUGUCCAUAAAUGUAAUUUACUAUGAUGUGGCUAUGAAAAGUGUGAAUAAUAUAUUUGUGGAGUAGCAGUCACUGUCCUUUAUCUCUCUGGGGUAUUCAUGUGUAUCUAGGAAAUUUAACGCUACUUAAAGGUUCUGGGAGGGACCAAGGAGGAAGUUUGGUGCUUGGAUAUUUUUUUUAGCUGUUA